GGAAUUACGGAAGCAUAUGCAACAACAUGGCGGCUUACAGUGGUAAACUGUAACACGUGAAAAAAGUGCAAAAUUUCAAGAUUUUGCAACGUCCCGGCACAGAAAUAUUACAUUCAACGGACUCCACACCCCAGAGAUAUCCAUAUUCUGCCUGGAGCCCUCACUAAACAUUUGCCAGGUUGAUACCGUCAGCACUCGAGUGUCGCCAUGAGGACAGUGACACCUGGCCAGCUGGCGCAGCUGCAAGGGAACCCACAGAACGUCAGGAACAUCUGUAUCCUGGCACAUGUCGACCAUGGUAAAACAACUCUUGCAGAUGUUCUUGUUGCAAGCAAUGGUGUUAUAUCAAAGAGACUUGCUGGAAAACUGCGCUACUUGGACAGUCGGGCCGAUGAACAGAUCCGAGGGAUCACCAUGAAGUCUAGCGCCAUCUCACUGCAGUUUCAGAAAGAGAGUGAGGACUACCUGGUGAACCUGAUUGACUCCCCCGGCCACGUGGACUUCUCCAGUGAGGUGUCCACCGCCGUCCGCUUGUGUGAUGGAGCUGUGGUGGUGGUGGAUGUUGUAGAGGGGGUGUGUCCACAGACUCAUGCAGUACUGCGUCAGGCAUGGUUGGAGAACAUCAAACCUGUCCUGGUACUGAAUAAAGUCGACAGACUCAUCACAGAACUCAAGAACUCCCCCAUGGAAGCACAUUUGGUACUGCAGCAGGUUCUGGAACAGGUCAACUCUAUUAUGGGAAACCUCUUUUCUACUGAUGUCAUGAAGAAAGGAACAACUGAAGACAGUACCAAUGCUGUGAAGGAGCCCACAGUUGCCACUGAGGACCAUGUGUUUGACUACAGUUUAGAGCUGGACCACACUGAUGACUCAAACCUGUAUUUCUCACCCGAGCAAGGCAACGUCGUGUUUGCUAGUGCCAUUGAUGGGUGGGGUUUCAGAUUAGAACACUUUGCUAAGCAGUAUGCCUCAAAACUCAACAUCAAAGAGGACAUCCUUCAGAAGGUUUUGUGGGGAGACUUCUACGUUCACUCCAAAACAAAGCGGGUCAUGAAAGGAGCUCAGGCCAAAGGGAAGAAACCACUUUUUGUACAGUUUGUGUUGGAGAAUGUCUGGGCUGUAUAUGAUGCUGUUCUGGUGAGAAGGGACAAGGAGAAAGUGGAGAAGAUAGUGAAGUCCUUGAACGUGACCCUGUCAGCACGAGACGCCCGUCACAAUGACCCCCGGGUGCUGCUGCAGGCUGUAUGUGGACAGUGGCUGCCACUGUCUGAAGCUGUGUUGGCGAUGACAGUGGACCAGUUACCCAGCCCACUACAGAUCUCCCCUGAAAAGGUGGAACACCUCAUGUGUCAGACUGCCCAGAGGUUUGACUCCUUACCUCAACCUACACAGAAGCUUAAACAAGAUUUCCUGAUGUGCAGUGCAGAGGACUCUGCUCCUGUUAUUGUGUUCAUCUCCAAGAUGUUUUCGGUGGACCCCAAAGUGCUGCCUCAUAACAGGCCAAGACCUCUGACUCAGGAAGAGAUAGAGAAGAAACGUGAACUUGCCAGACAAAGGCACCAGGAGAAGUUGGCUGCCCUCACCAGUCAGACACAGGAACCUCAGCAGGAGCAGGCUACCGAGGAAAAUGGGAACAACACCUGUUCAACAACCAUUCUUACCAAUAAAAAGGAGAAGGUGGAUGACGACUCCAACGUCUUUGUUGGAUUUGCUCGAGUGUUCAGUGGAAAAGUGAAGAGGGGGCAGCAGUUAUACAUCCUGGGACCCAAACACAACCCCUUACAUGCCCUGCAGCAGUUGUCUGAUGCACCUGGAGAUCUCUCACAGCUGAAGCAUGUGGCAGCUGUCAUGGUGGAGGACUUGUACCUGUUAAUGGGAAAGGAGCUGGAAACUGUUGAUGAGGUGCCAGCUGGCAACAUACUAGGAAUUGGAGGUCUUCAGGCCCAUGUGUUGAAGUCUGCCACUGUAUCCAGCACCAUUGCCUGCCCUGCCUUCUCUCCUGUGUAUCUAGAUGCUGCACCCAUUGUCAGGGUGGCUGUUGAGCCCAAACAUGCAGGAGACAUGAGUGCCCUGAUGCAGGGUUUGCGGCUGUUGAACCAGGCUGACUCGUCUGUGGAGGUUCUGGUGCAGGAAUCAGGGGAACACGUCCUGGUCACUGCUGGGGAGGUCCACCUGCAGAGGUGCCUGGACGACCUGACACAGAGGUUUGCCAAAAUUGAGCUGAAUGUGUCGGACCCCAUGGUGCCAUUCCGAGAGACGAUCAUCCCCCCUCCUAAGGUAGACAUGGUCAAUGAGGUCAUUGACCAUGACACAAACCGCAUCACCAAGUCUGGAAAGGAAGCUACAGAUGAAAAGAUAAAAUGGGGUGGGCCUGUCCUGGUACAAACUCCAAACAAACUGUGCAGUUUGAAGGUGAGUGCCAUGCCUCUGCCUGAGGACAUCAGCAACCUUCUGGACAAUAAUGCAGACCUGCUCCGCACACUGGACAAGAUGACCAAGUCAAGCGGGGACAUCAGUCGCCAUCAAGCUGAAAGAGCAAAGGUCACAGCAGAAACACUGAAUAGAUUAACUGAGCUGAAGUCCACUCUUGAGGCCAAGUUUGCACAAGCAGGUAAACAUUACAGAGGUGCCAUAGAUCAGAUCUGGGCAUUUGGACCCAGGAGAAAUGGUCCAAACAUACUGCUGAACAGGGUUGCAGGUUAUCAGCGACCAUCGGUGUGGGACUCCAUAGACAAGGGAGAGGUGAAAUCAGCAGCACAGUUUCGACCUUUUGACCAUGCCAUUGGGAGUGGGUUUCAGCUGGCAACCCUGGCAGGACCACUGUGUGAGGAGCCCCUCAUGGGAGUGUGCUUUAUGGUGGAAGAGUGGACCAUGCACGGACAACUGUCAGAGAAGAGAACAACAAAAAACAAUGAUGCUCUGACAAACGAUUUCUCUAACGCUGCAGUAUCAAGAGAGGAGGAAACAAGAACUGAAGGGGAGAGUGUGUCAUCUGAACACUCAGAUGCCUCAGAUACUGUUGGUACGUCUAUGUCUCCUUGUAGUCACUUUGUCUCCCCCAGGGAACACAGACUGUCACAAGGAGUGGAUGAGGACUCUGAGUCCAGCGGAGAUGACUCUGACAGGGAAACAGCCGAGUCAGACUUCAUGAAUCGUCACGGCCCAUUCACAGGUCAGCUGAUCUCUACAAUGAAGGAGGCCUGCCGACGAGCUUUUCAGAAACACCCCCAGAGAUUGAUGGCUGCCAUGUAUACUUGUGACAUCCAGGCCACAGCAGAUGUACUAGGCAAGAUGUAUGCUGUGCUUGGUCGAAAGAAUGGCAAGGUUCUGAGGGAGGACAUGAACGAAAGUCUCUCAGUCUUCAGCAUCCAAGCAGCACUUCCAGUGGCAGAGAGUUUUGGCUUUGCUGAGGAAAUCAGAAAGAAAACAAGUGGACUGGCCAGCCCUCAGCUGGUGUUCAGUCACUGGGAGGUUGUUAACAGUGACCCAUUCUGGGAGCCAAUUACUGAGGAGGAGUUGAUGCACUUUGGGGAGAAGGCUGACUCUGAAAAUCAAGGACGUCUGUACAUGAAUAGUGUCCGGCGGCGAAAAGGACUAUACGUUGAUGAGAAAAUAGUAGAACAUGCUGAGAAACAGAGAACCCUAUCCAAAAAUAAGUGAAUGCACCUUUUCCUCUUAGCUAGUUUCCCAUUGGGGCAUUAUAAUUGGCACAACCAAGUUUAAUAUCCUCUGAUAGCAUUCUCAUGGAUUAAAUGUUUAUUUCCCUAUUCAACUAGUUCUUUUCUACUAGAAUACAAAUCUUUGAUGACUGCUAGUAGUAUGACUUGUGUAUUCACUGGUAUCUAAAAUAUGUAAGACAUAUUGUUAGACAUAUUGAAAGAAUGACAGAAGCAUUUGACCUAAAAAAAAGGAAUGCCACUUUUGUUGUACAUUUUUGUCUGUGACACUGACAACUUAAUGAAAUUCAAAGGUCAGUACUUAGGGUAGAACUUUUUACUUUUGCAUUCCUUACAAAUACACUAUUAGUAUAUUUUAGUGAUACUGAAGGUGAUUGACUGGUAGGCUGUUUCUUCUUCAAUAUAGUAAAAGAAGUGAACUUUGGUUGAGACUUCCUU